CAAAAAGUAAAACUUGAUAUUCCAUUUCUUCAGAAAAUAUCAUUGUAUACAAAAGAGUUUAAGGAUAGUUUAAUUAUUAAUCAUGUCAAGUGCUGCAGAUGACUUGUUAGGAUUCAAAGACUUCGACGAUAUCGCCGUUAGUCAACCGAAAAAAGUGAUACAAGAUGAAUCCCCGUCCAGCUCACCAAAAUUGUCAAUGUUUCAAAUUGAAUACUAUCAGCAAUUCUUCAAUAUAGACACAAAUGAUGUCGUGGAAAGAGUAAUUAAUUCAAUGAUACCAAAAAGAGCGAGUGCCUCAUACUUGAAGACUAAACUGGAAGUUAAUCCUGAUCUUUAUGGACCAUUCUGGGUUACGACUACAUUAAUCUUUACUAUCGCCAUCUCUGGAAAUUUAGCUAAUUUCUUUCAACAUGAUCAUAGCAGCAAGUUCCAUUGGCACUACAACUUUCAUUUGGUGUCGUAUGCAUCGACUUGUAUUAUUUUAUACACAUCUCUCAUGCCGUUUCUGAUUUGGUCGGUACUUAAGUAUUCUGUGGAUCUUAAUGAUGAUACUAAUCCUGACUUGGAAAGUGCACCAUAUAUUCCAAGCCUUUUAUCUCUUAUCUGCUUGUAUGGAUAUUCAUUAGCAGUUUACAUCCCCGUCAGUGUACUUUGGACUAUUCCAUUAUUAAUCUUGCAAUGGCUCCUUGUCUUGACUGCAGCAUUUUUGUCCGGAUCUGUUCUCAUCAAUGUCUUGAUGCCAUCCUUAAAAUUGUCCAAGUACUCAAUAUUCUUGAUUGUUGGAAUCGCAUCAGCACAUUUCGUCUUAGCUGCUGGAUUUAUGCUGUACUUUUUCCAUGUUCCUUCAACAGCAGCAUCAGUAGUUGUGAAUAUUCCAAGUCCAAUUAUCUCAGUCAACGCAACUGGUUAAAUUUAAUUUUGUGAAAAUAUUUAUGAGAUAAAAAGAAUCAUUAUGAAUUUAAAUAUAUAUAGGAAGC